AUGGCUAUGACACUGCUGCCCCGCCACGGUAAAACGCAUUUAGCCAACAUUCCUUAUGGCUAUUAUACGGCCACCGUCAGUCUUAUUUUCAUUAUACUGCUCAUAGGUGCCCGCAAGCUCAUCCCAGUAAGGCAGAGGAACCGUUCAAAAUGGGCGAAAUGGGCCUUGAGUAGUGCCCGCGGGGGGUCGCCACUUCUGUACCUUGUGGUUCUGUUCGUCGCGCUGCUGGUGCCCUUUGUGCACCACUACAGUCUGCUGGGUUAUGUGGGCUUAUACCUCAAGCGCCUGGGCCGCCUGAGCUAUGUCUUGGCCACACUGAACCUGUUCCUGACUCUAAGGCCAAACUUCCUACUCCCUGGUUAUGUGUACCUGGACCUCAUUCCCCUCCACAAGUGGCUUUCCCGCUCGCUGUGUCUGCUGGCUCUCGUGCAUGGCGUCGGAUUCCUGGUCAAGUGGGCACUGGACUCUCAGGUCUCAUUCGUCGCCAAAGCAUUCUACAACAUCCCCAACUUAGCGGGUUUGGUAGUGGGAGCAUUGAUGGCUUUCAUGGUCCUGCUAUCGGUGCGGCCUGUCCGCCGUUUUUCGUACCGUUCUUUCUACCUAACGCAUAUCAUUGGAGCGUGGGUGUUUGUUUUCCUCACCGCCUAUCAUGCCCGCCCAGGAGUCUUUGUUCCCUACACUUUGCUAAACGCAGGCUUGUUUGUCUUCUACAUCCUCUCCAAGACAGUUCCUGCCCGGGGCGUUGAGCUUGUUUCCAAGUCUACAGAUGACGUGAACAACUGUUUGACCAGGAUCGUCCUUCCCCGCAAGGCCAUGCCGGAACAUUUCGCACCCGGUUCCCACCUACGCAUCUCCCCGUACAGGAGGGUGAAUCCGUUGUACUACAUGCUUCCAUCCCAUCCCUACACAGUUGCCAGCAUGCCUGAAGACAAAGACGUAGAGCUGAUUGUGCGGGAGCACGCCAGCGGAUUUCAUUUGCUUACAGGCUUGGGAUACACAAUCCAAAACCACUAUGAAUCAGUUCCUCGUCAAUGCCUGCAAAGCGCAACCAGAAUUGCCCUGGUUUGCGGUGGCAGCGGUCUCUCUUAUGCGCUCCCAAUCUUUAGACACUUUGCGUCGGAAGAGAAGGCCGAUCAGGUUAAAUAUCUCAGACUUAUCUGGUUGGUCCGCGAUAAGUACGACGUGAACGUGUUAGGAAACAUAAGAUCACUGGCCUCCAGUGUAGCCCAGUUUGACAUUUUCGUCACAAGAAGCGUGCCUCCGGAUGACACCGUUGAGAGCGGCUCUAAACUCUCUCCUGCACAGCAGCAGUCUCCUAUAACCGAUGACCUAGAGUUUGAGCUAGAGUCUUUCGGCGACCAGUUAGACCAGAAUGGCGCCUUGAUAACGCCUGAGAUUCCAAAUCUCCCUUCAGGCCUUGCUUCGAGUUUCCAUUUUGGCAGAAAGCUAGAUUGGAUGACUGACCUCGCACAAUUUGUAGAAAGGGAGGACUUAGGCUCUACAUGGCUAGUGGCUUGUGGACCAAAAGGUCUAAAUGAUGCAGCAAAGUUGUACGCCCAACAAAACGAAAUUAACUUGGCCUCUGAGACAUACGCGUUAUAG